AUGAAAUAUUGCUCGGACGUGGAAGGCACAGGACCCAAGCAACCCCUUCCGGCCCCGACCUCCUGCUUGCAUGCCGGUUCCCUGCUGAGCUCUGAACACCUAGCAGUUAGUCCAUUCUACCUGGUAAUAUGCUUCGGCAGGAACCUUCCGAAAGAUCGGACACUUCGGGGUGAGGGACGCAGGAAACGGAAGUCAGUGGCGGAAACCUGGACUGUGGGAGUCUACUGCUUUAUAACGUGGAGGAUGAGCGUAAUGAGUCUCAUUUUGGCGGGAGGGAGGUGGAGAUGUUUGCCAGUUCCAUUAGAGUCAUCCUUCUUCCAGACCCUACAUUAUUCCUGCCGUCGAAAAAAAUCUACUGCUCCUAUGAACAUUCAUGAAAAUGCAGAGGAGCCUGUUAAUGCAUUUGACAAGCUGUUUUCCUCAGAACAGCAGGCUUCCAUCUUGCAUGUACUGAAUACAGCAUCUAAUAAAGAACUUGAGGCUUUCAGACUGCUUCGUGGAAGAAAGUCCAACAAUAUUGUACAGCAUAGAGAAAAGUUUGGGCCGUUUCAGAAUUUGGAAAGUUUAAUGAAUGUUCCCUUGUUCCAGUACAAAACUACCAUUCAAGUUUGUAACUCCAUUCUUUGUCCAGAGACUGGCCAGAAAAAAAGACAGUUACAGGAAAACCGGCUCUUGAGAAAGCUCAUCAAACCAGAUGUAGGAAAAGAAAAGCUCAAGGCAGUUAAUAGUAUCGUGUCCAUUGUUUUUGGUACUCGAAGAAUUGCCUGGGCUCACCUUGAUCGAAAGUUGGCAGUGCUUGAUUGGCAGCAAAAUGAAUGUUGCCAGUUGAUUAAAGGAACAUACCCAUCAUCUGUCUAUUUUGAAAAGAUUUCUUCAGUCAUAUCAAAGAUGCCUAAAGCUGACUUCUAUGUUAUGGAAAAAAUAGGACUUUCCAUUCAGAACACAACUCUAUUUCCUGUAUUGUUACAUUUUCAUAUCUUGGAAGCCAUGCUCUAUGCCCUAUUAAAUAAAACUUUUGGCCGGGAUGGCCAGCAUCAAGUGCUAAGCAUGAAUCGAAAUGCAGUGGGAAAGCACUUUGAAUUGAUGAUUGGUGACACAAGGACUAGCGGAAAAGAACUAGUGAAGCAGUUCCUCUCAGACUCCGUGCUGAAGCCAGACCCACGGGUAUUCUUCCCAUCAGAUAAGAUAGUCCGCUACAGACAGAUGUUUUCAUCUACUGAACAAAACAGAGUAGAAGAGUUGUAUGAUUCAUUAUUACAAGCUGUUGCCUUCUAUGAAUUAGUAGUUUUUGACACUGAAUCUUAAAAUUGUGGGGUUAAUUUAUUGUCUUUUUAAAGUUGUAUUAAUUUGUAUUUAUCAGCCCAAAUGCUAUAAAUUCAUGGUAAUGGAAAACAUGUUUGAGUAUAUUUAAGUGUUUCAAGUAAGAUUUUUGGCUGGUAAUUUAUAUAGUAAUAAACCAAGGCCAAAUCAAUAUCGUAUGAGAUUCUGUGCCUUUUAGGUUUUAAGUAUUCAACAAUGAGAUCAUCCACUAAAUUGCACAAACAAGAAAGUUAUGUCCCUUUAAAAGCAAAUGUCAUCUGGAGGAUCUGCAUAAUUUUACUGUUAGAGAAUGAUUUAUCUGGCUGCUGCUUAUGGGAAUAAAGCUAAAUAUAAUAGACACACA